UGCGCAGAGAGAGCGUGUCUGUAAUUCUGACCGCUCCCGAGGAUUACCCUUCCUCGCCGACUCAGUCAUUAGGAGGGGGUGAUAACUGCUCAGCCUCUGGCCAUUCUUCGUGUGCCUCCCUUUUCCUAUGUGCCCUCCAUACAAUGUAAUCGAUGUGUCGGCAUCGCAGCCUUUCUAUGGGAGCUUAGAAGACGGGCCGGGCACGGGACAUUAAAGAAUGAUGAACGACGCAAGUGAGAUGUUGGCCGCAGCUUUGGAGCAGAUGGAUGGGAUUAUAGCUGGCUCCAAGGCCCUGGAGUAUUCCAAUGGAAUUUUCGAUUGUCAGUCACCGACCUCGCCCUUCAUGGGGAGCUUACGAGUUCUCCAUCUUAUCGAGGACCUGCGCGGAAUGCUGGAGAUGAUGGAUACUGAUGAGAGGGACGGUCUGAGGUGUCAGGUGCCGGACUCCACUGCCGAGUCCCUGGUGGAGUGGCUGCAGAACCAGAUGGUGGUUAAUGGACACAUCUCAGGUACUGCUGACAUCUACCAGGAGCGGCUGGGUCGCCUGGAGAAUGACAAGGAGUCGCUAGUGCUGCAGGUGAGUGUGCUCACUGACCAGGUAGAAGCCCAGGGUGAGAAGAUACGAGACCUAGAGUUCUGCCUGGAGGAACACAGGGAAAAGCUGAAUGCUACAGAGGAGAUGCUGCAGCAGGAACUCCUGAGCAGAACUACACUAGAAACUCAGAAACUUGAUCUGAUGGCGGAGAUUUCUACUCUGAAACUGAAGUUGUCUGCAGUGGAGAAUAAUCACACGAACUUUGAGGACAAAUACAAGGACACAGAGUCUCUUCAUAAGAUAAUAUCAGAGUUGAGGCAACAGAUGGAGAAACUGGAGGUGGAACUGGCAUUGUUUCAAGAUAAGAGGUUACAGUAUGGGGAUCAAGAGGGCCUGAUACAGGAAAUGAACGAACUGCGACUUCGAGUGGUGGAAAUGGAGAAUGAACGGACCCAAUAUGAGAAGAAGCUAAAGUCCACCAAGUCUUUAAUGGCCAAGCUUUCUAGCAUGAAAAUCAAGGUGGGUCAGAUGCACUAUGAGAAGCAGCGGAUGGAGCACAAGUACCAGACAUUGAAGGAUGAGCUUGCAAUGUUGAAGGAUGAGCUGGAGCUGAAGGAAGCCGACAUUCGGAAGUUACAAGAGAAUGUGAACACCCCACCGGGGACAGAGAGCAAAGGAACAGGUGACAGAGAUGAAACUCUAAAAAAGAUGCUGAAGGAGAAAAAUAUGGAAGUGCAGAAAAUGAAGAAAGCUGUGGAGACGCUGAUGGCUGCCAAUGAAGAGAAGGACAGGAAGAUUGAGGAACUCAGACAGUCUCUGAACAGGUACAAGAAAGUCCAGGAUAUGGUGGUCAUGGCACACGGUAAUAAAGCAGUGAAGGAUGUGGAAAGUGAUGAUUCGGUGAUAUCUGGCUCGAAUUCUUUGGGGUUUGAUGGCAAUGUAUUCAGUGACACGGAUAAGUCUCCAUCUCCUCCCCCAUUAUCGUUCACCCCGAGCCCAGAAGACGUGCCUGCAAGCCCCAAGCUUGGUGUUGAAGUACAUACAAGUGUCCUGCAAGUUUCCAUCCCGUCGUUUGCAUCACCCACGACGUUUCAGAAACAAGUCGAUGCCACGAAAAUAAUAAAAAAUGAGGAACCCUCUGCACCAGCAUCAAGUGAGGUGAAGUCCAGCAGUUUAUCAACCGAAGACAAAUCUGAGGAGCAGCCUGUAUCUCCUAUACAGAAAUCAAGCAGUUUAGACAACCUGAAGAAGACGCCGGAAAAGAAAGCGGCUUCCCCAGAUUCUGGAAAGUUUGAGACCCUCCCGCCGAGACCACCCGGACACAGCACGGGAGGGGAAGAGGAGGUCUUUGGCACCCGUAAAGCCAGGUCAUCAUUUGGGCGUGGGUUCUUCAAGCUUAAAAGUAACACCAAGAAAACUGCCAGCACACCCAAUCUAGAUCGCAGCCGAAGUGCCAGCGCCCCAGCUUUAGCAGAUACCGACAAGGGGUCUGCGGAUGCCUUGGACUUGGCAGUUUCCUCCCCUCGUUCACCAGAUGCAGGAAGCUCCCAUAGCUCUCCAUCUUCACCUGAUUCCAAAAAGAAGCCUCGGGGAAUCAAAAAGCUGUUCGGGAGGCUGAAGAGGAGUCAGUCUACCACUUUAAACCAAGACGAUGACUUCCCAGAGGAGGAGGAGUUCAAGAGGGGAGGGACUAGGUCCACUGCCGGGCCAAGAUUGGGCUGGUCCAGAGAUCUUGGUCAAGCACACAGUGAUUUGGAUACGCCUUUUGCCAAGUGGUCGAAGGAGCAGGUAUGCACCUGGCUGAGGGAGCAAGGGCUGGGAAGCUAUGUUAACGGCUGCAAGCAAUGGAUUGUCUCAGGUCAAACACUACUGCAUGCAUCCCAGCAAGACCUGGAGAAGGAACUGGGUAUUAAACACCCGUUACAUCGGAAGAAGCUCCAGCUGGCUCUGCAGUCCCUGGGAUCUGAAGAUGACAGUAACUAUGGAAAAUUGGACUACAAGUGGGUCACACGGUGGCUGGAUGAUAUAGGGCUCCCCCAGUACAAGACACAGUUUGAUGAGGCAAAGGUCGAUGGACGAAUGCUGCAUUAUAUGACAGUGGAUGAUUUGCUGUCUUUGAAAGUUGUAAGCGUCCUCCACCACCUCAGUAUUAAACGUGCCAUACAGGUUCUGCGGAUAAACAGCUUUGAACCCAACUGUCUGCGCCGGAGACCCUCCGAUGAGAGUAACAUUUCACCGUCUGAGGUGGCCCAGUGGACCAAUCACAGAGUCAUGGAGUGGCUGCGGUCUGUGGAUUUAGCAGAAUAUGCCCCUAACUUGAGGGGUAGCGGGGUACAUGGUGGUCUUAUGGUGCUCGAGCCUCGGUUUAAUGUGGAGACUAUGGCACAAUUGCUGAACAUCCCACCGAACAAGACCCUCCUACGGCGACAUCUGGCCACCCACUUUAACCUCCUGGUGGGUCAGCAGUCUCAGCUGCAGAAACAGGAAGCAUUGUCGGCUCCGGAGUAUGUGCUAUUGACAGCAACAGCCAAGGUCAAGCCGAGGAAACUGGCGUUUACCACCUUUGGAACUUUGCGGAAAAAGAAACAAGAAGAAAAUGAGGAGUACGUGUGCCCAAUGGAGCUCGGGCUAAAUUCUGCCAACAAUAUCAUCAAACCUUUCCGGGCCGGCCUGGACCUCCGGAUGUUGGACGACGAGGACUUAGACAGGCUGGAACAGAUGGAAGAUUCAGAAGGAACUGUAAGACAGAUUGGGGCAUUUUCUGAAGGCAUCAACAACCUGACACAUAUGCUCAAAGAAGACGAAAUGUUCAGAGACUACUCCGCCAGAUCGCCAUGCACCAGUAUUACAGAUGACGACUCGAACAUGUGACAAAUAUGCAAACACUUGUAACUUUAUUUUUUUUUGUGUCAAAGUAAAUAUAUAUAUAAAUAAU